AUUUCAGAAACAAAAUUCUAUCAGUAUUUUUUCUUUUUUUGUUACUUGUGGUAUACGUAAGUAAAAUUGAUUAGAUGGUGGUGAUGUUGACGCAAGAAAUGAGUGGUGGUGGUGGUCCAAAGGCAGAAGACGGCCAGUUGUUUGUGGCGGUGGCCGUGAAGGGUUUGAUCGGAGACAAAUUAGGCGGCGCAGGAAGCCGCCGUGCCGUACGGUGGGCCGUCGAUAAUCUUUUACCUAAGGCUGAUAGGUUUGUGAUGAUCCACGUCAUCCCCACCAUUACUUCUAUUCCUACCCCCAACGGAGAGAGAUUGCCGGUGGAAGAAGUGGAGGAGAGUGUGGUGGAAAUGUAUGUAAGAGACGUGAAAAAAGAAUUUGAAACAGUCUUCGUUCCCUUCUUGAAAAUAUGCAAGAGUAGUAGUAGUACCAAGUGUCAGGUAGAGACUCUGUUGCUAGAGUACGACGAUCCUGCUAAAGCACUUCUCAGAUUCAUAUCUAAAUCAGGAGUUAACAGUUUGGUUAUGGGAUCAUUUUCAUCAAAUAUAUUCACACGGAGAGCAAGAGGUCCAGGAGUACCAUUGACUGUCUUAAAAUACGCACCAGAAACAUGUGAAGUAUACAUUGUGUGUAAAGACAGAAUCACUACAAAAUCUAUGGAUCCAUUAAUCAACAGAGAGCCGUGCACAAGUCCAUACGCAGCCGCGACUACCCAUGACUUCUUGAGAGACUGGGCGGCUAGUUUCCAGACUCUACGGUCUCCAUCAUUAUCCGAGCCUCGACAGUCCACUGGUAAAUUUUACAUAAUCCUACGAAAUUGCGGUUUUAGGUUGUUUUAAUAUAUAGUAAAUUUUCAAUUGUGUACAUUCUUGAAACGAACAAAAGUUAAUAAUUUUGAAGGUUAAAUUUUU